AUGCCACCAAAGAGAACUUUAAGAGAGAGCGAAUGCAACACAAACUCAACGGGAAAUUCUAUCAAAAAACCUCAGGAGUUUGCGAAUGUGACUCCUUCGAACGCCAACAACAGCGAAUCAGAACUUGCAAGUUUUUCAGCCGACGACGAUGCAUUGAAGCAAGCCAAAGCCAAGAAGCCCAAAGUAAAGCCCCGUGGGUCUACCGUCAUAGAUGUUGGCUACGAGUCGGACUUCAGCGAAUUAGAAUCUUCCUGGGGCCUUGAAAGAAAUGUCAGGGGGGAGGCUAGAAUGGGCGACGUCGAGGAGCAGGUUAAUACAAACCAGCGUGAACUCGAUUCUCAGUCACCCGAUCCAUUAAGACUACGCACGCCGGAACCUGAGAUCCAGGCUGAAAUCCGUCAAACAUCCCGUUGCCAUUCAGACCAAGCGCAAGACGCAGCGAACACACAGCCAUUGGUAGGCCAAAAACACAACAAACGCACGCAACUGCCGAUGCAGCAACUUGGAGCCAUGGCAGCUGGCGCUCCAUCCCAAACCUCUCUUGGGUUUCCUCUCGGCGAGGAUGCUGGUCUCUUUCACAACACGGCAGAUCAAAUAUCCGAGGCGGAAUGCCAGGGUCUUGUUCAAGAUCUUAACUCGUCAAUUGACGAUUUUAUCUCAGUCAUUAUCGACAGCGCUGAUGAUCUGGCACCAAGACGGGAAGGGUCCAGGCUUUCAUCUCUGCGACCACGUGGACGCCUCUCAGAUUCAUUCCAUGGAGAGGGAGACGAUGCAAUUCUACGAUUUGCUACUCACAAUAUGCACAAAUUUCCGGGAAAGCAAUCGCAUUUUCUCGACGUCUCAUUGCACCGGUAUCUCAUUUCUCACUUGAUCUACUAUUCCUUCGACGGAAAUGUUGUACCCCGCCGGUUGGACAAUUGCGGGCAAAUCAACGCAACAUACGAGAACAUCAAGACCGAUGAGACUUGGUCUAUCUCCCAGCGAUGGAGGUCGUUGACCGCAGCAUACAUUCCACCUGAAAACCAAGAUACACACGAGAGGAACUCGAGGGUGGAAGCUGACUACACCUUCAUCGUGAAAUUGUUAAACUCGACCUACGCGAUUGGGGAGGAUGCCUUACGCCCGCUUGCCGCGGAAAUUAAAGCAAAGCUUGUCCAGAUCUAUGACGAUGCAAACGAAACAGUGUUGAAACUUCGUCGAGACAUGAUAUCAACACAAGUGAAUGUUGUGGGUACGGGCAUUCACCCGCAAACUGGUCGAUAUCCGUCGUUCGAUCCGCAAACCAUGUCAACGCCCUGGGAGCGUAAAGGACGUCCGCGAGAGGAGGUUAUCGGGCCGUACCAGCUCGGAUUGACGAAGGAAAGUCGCCACCAAGAAGUUAAAUUUAUCAUCAAACCUGUCGUCAUGACCAAAAGCAUUUUCGAAGACGUUCUCAAGGCUCAAUGUUAA